UAACGGCGGCGGGCCGUGAGGGAACUACGAGGGUCGAUUCGGAUGCCCGCCAGUGAGCUCCUGCUGUUUGCUCCUGUGGAGAAAAUCAGUUUUCAGAUAAACGGAAUCGAUUUAACCUAAAUCAAGUUGAAAUAUAAAGACCUGAGACAUUUAGCCUUCAAUCUACAGCCUGAUAAUCUUAUCGGAAUGUUCCCAUGGCAACCCAUAAAUCUGUCCUCAAGGUCUUGACUUCAGAAGAACUGGGCACAGGCUGGGCCACCCGAAGAAGAGAUUUAAAAUGUCUCGGGAAACGUAUUCUUACGAUGUUCCCGAUAUGUGCCUUGACUUCAAAGAUAUGAACGACGAGACCAUUAACAUUGAUGCCUGGUUUGAUGUCCGAUCUGCCGCCUUGAUGACCCCAAGAGCAGAGAUGGGUACGUCGGGCAUCCUACCCAAAGCCUUAUCAUCGAGGCCUAACCUUCCCUGGGCUGUGGUCUCACCCAUGAUGAAAUCAGAUGAGAAGGAGAAUGGAAAUCAAGAGGUGGAGCUGGCAAACGAAGGCCCAGCCAAUGUGGUUCAUUCCAUGGCGGAGUGGCACCCAACCAGGCAAGAGAACCCACCGCCUCCAGGAAGGGUGGCCAAGAAGCUUUCGGCCCGGCGAAAGAGUGCCCAGCGUCGGAUUAUGGCCAAAAGCCACGCAGAGAAGGUUGCCACCACCUUGGCCAGCAAACAAGAACCCCCUCCUGUGAAGAAACAGAAAAUGUCUAACCAUCGGGAAAACCUGGGGGAAAUUGAUCUGAACCGAAACGUCUUGCCAGAGAACGCACAAGACCCUGUCACACCCGAUGCACACAAGACGAAAGGUCCCUCCACUAAAGGGAAGUCCACUGAGGAGCUGGAACUGGAGAAGAUGCAGCAAUUGCAACAGGAAGUGGCAGAACUGCGGAGGAAGAAUGAGGAGUCUCUCAAAGUGGCCAUUGCUGGACCAGGGCAACCCGUGAAGACGAGCAGUCACAUUACCAAGCCCAUGGAUUUCCACUUCUGUACCGACGAGCGGCACAAGCAGCACGGCGAAAGCCAGCGGGGCGCAGAAUACAAGGAGGUGGAUUUCGUAGGCGCCCUAAGGAAACACCCACCGUCUCCGUCCCGGCUGUCCAAAGGACCCACAAUCCCGAAGCCUUUCAACCUCUCCUGCGGGAAGAAACGCAAACUGGACGAGGCCCCCGCCCAAUACGUCCCGUUGGCCCAACAGGUGGAAAACUUUCAGAAAUGCACCUCUGAGAGGUACCAACUGCGGAGCCGGAAGGAAGAAGAAGGUCCAAGCAGGCCUUUAAAACCCCGACUGACCAACCCCAAAACUCCCCGCCUGGAAACCAGGAGCCGCUUGAGACCCACCACCUGCAAGAGCGCAGCUGAGCUGGAAGACGAGGAAAUCGCAAAGCUCCAACAGUACCGGUUCAAAGCUCAGGAGCUCAACCACCGCAUCUUGGAGGGCGGCCCCCUCCUGCCCAAGAAGCCCCAGGUGAAAGAGCUGACCAAGCCCAUCGGCUUCAACCUGGAAAUCGAGAAGCGGAUUCAGGAGCGAGAGACCAAAAAGGUCCAGGAAGAGGAGCACUUCGAGUUCCAUUCGAGGCCGUGCCCCACCCGGAUCUUGGAAGACGUGGUGGGUGUUCCAGAGAAGAAGCAGCUUCCCAUCACAAUCCCCCAGUCCCCGGCAUUUGCCUUGAAGAACAAAGUGGGCGCCCUGGUUAGAGAGGAACAGAAAGAAAAGGUGGAGGAAGUGGCCCACGUGAUUAAAGCGAAGCCGAUGCCCCACCCAGGCGUCCCCUUCAAACCCAAAGCCGCAGAGCCGAGGCUGGUGGAAAGCUGCCCGUUCUCUUUUGACGCCCGGGACAAGGAGCGGCUGCUUCAAAAAGAGAAAAAAAUGGAAGAGCUGCAGAAGGAGGAGGUGCCCAAGUUCAAAGCCCACCCCCUGCCUCAUUUUGACCAAAUCAAUCUGCCCGAGAAGAAAGUCAAGAGCGCCACGAAGCCGGAACCUUUCCAACUAGCCAUCGACGCCCGCGGAGCUGUCCGGCAGGAGAUGUGGCAGCAGCAGCUGAAGGAGGAGAUGAGGCGCCAGAAAGAAGCCGCCGUCUUCAAAGCGCAAUCCAGCCAGGUGUUACACCAGGAACCUUUCCUUCCCAAGAAGGACAGCAAGCUGGUUUCAGCUCCCGAUCACUUUGAGCUGGCCACCGAGCAACGGGCCAGGGAACGUCAGGAGUUCGAGAAGAGGCUAGCCGAGCUGGAGGCGGAGAAGGCUCGGCUGCAGGAGGCCACCCGGCGGGUGGAGGAGGAACGGGCAAAGGAAGAGAUGGCCAAGCUUCGCGAAGAUCUGGUGCACAAGGCCAACCCCAUCCGCAAAUACGCCAGCGUGGAAAUCAAAGCCAGCGACCACCCACUGACCGUGCCACGGUCUCCCAAUUUCUCCGACAGGUUUCAGCGUUGAGUCCCGAUGCCCGCCCGAUUGCAACAGCCACGGGGGGGGCGGUGGGGGGAGGUUGGCUUCCUCCUCGACUUUGAAAUUUUAUCUCGCUUCGUUCACACAUCGAAAUGUUUUUUUCAGCCUGUGACUCAGGGGUCUCGAGACUCGUCCGCCCCCCCCCCUUAGUUCUCCCCUCCAAAAAGGCACCCCAGUUUUAUCAUUUUAUCAUACUUUUGGAUGAGCCUUUGUAUUUAUCUGCAUUAAAUAAAAAAAAAUAUAUAGAUGAGGGAAA